CCUCAAAGCAAAAUGAAGUUAGAUUUCUCUUUUUAACUUGUUUAUUUUUUCCCAAAAGGAGAGACAAAACUUGCAAAGGUCGUGCCAAAUUCCUCUACUCAUUGUUGCUUAGCUCCAACAUCAACAUGGCAUUGCCUUUGAAAGCCCUCUUUGCCUCAUUGCUUGCCAUUGCCUCGGCGUUGCCCAAUCUUCACGUUGCGAAUGCCGCAGUCGCUCAUGGUCAUCAUCCUCAUCGUUCCUCCUCGUGGCGACAUGCCGCGCACCAUGUGGUCGGAAACAGAGGACCUAACCACCAUCGCUGGCCGGCUCAUGUCCAUCCCGUAAACCACCGCAAGCGGUUGUCUCUCGCUAAGCAUCACCGGCCGAGGUUCGCGCCAGGCCCUUGGAAGCAGGCUCAUGCCACCUUUUAUGAGGGUGGCUCCGGUACAUUCGGGGGAGCCUGCGGUUAUCAAGACGUGGUGCAGCAAGGCUACGGCUAUCAGACGGCGGCGCUGAGCACGGCACUGUUCAAUAAUGGGCAGACAUGUGGGGCGUGCUACGAGAUAAAGUGCGUCGACGACCCUCAGUGGUGCCAGCUUGGCCAGCCUUCUCUCAUCAUCACGGCCACCAACCUCUGCCCUCCCAAUUACUACCAGUCCGGUGACAACGGUGGAUGGUGCAACCCGCCCCGUGAGCACUUUGACAUCGCCAAGCCCGUUUUCACUAAGCUGGCCAAGGACUACGCUGCUGGCAUUGUCCCGGUUCAGUACCGCAGGGUUCCGUGCCAGAAGCAAGGAGGGGUCCGAUUCACCAUAACUGGGAACCCGUAUUUCAACCAAGUUUUGGUCUGGAAUGUGGGCGGAGCUGGCGACGUCGUGAGCGUACAGGUGAAGAGCAACAAGCUGCCGUGGACUACGAUGCAGCGCAUAUGGGGCCAGAAAUGGGAGACCAAUGCCAUGUUGGUCGGGCAGUCCCUCACCUUCCGGGUUAGAGCAAGCGACGGGCGAUUCACAACUGCCUGGCACGUCGCCCCAAGCAACUGGCAAUUCGGUCAGACCUUUGAGGGCAAGAACUACAGGUGAAGACGGAUAUAUUACAUACAACAUCGUCGCCUCCUUUUAACCUUCUCAUAGCUUCAUAAUACGCUCAAUGUUCGUCAAUAAGUGAAGAUCGUUUGUCUCUUCGAAUUUGCUGGCCUGGAGAGGUUUGCAACGAAGACACGACUCACAGCAUUGUAGUGCAAGUUUCAGCACAUGUAGAUCUAAUGUGUCUAUGACAAUACACUAGAUUCAUUGAUUACCCAACAAUAUUUGAUACUAAGGAAGAUAUAUGCGAUUGAUCAUAUUGAUUGCAAAA